AUGAAGCGACGUAUCACCUAUAUCCAGCGCCCUGAGGCGCCUUUUGUACCCGAGGAAGUCGUCGUAUCCACCAAAUCUGUGACGGUUCGCGGCCUGGAUGCCACCCGCGAAGACCGCCUUACCUUUGAUCUGGAUGACCUCCCCGAAGAGCUUCAUAAAGUCUGUCACCAAUUACAAGAGCUCCACCUCCGCUGGGCUACUGAGCGGCCGUUCGACGCUGUUGCGCCCUUUGUGAGCAGGGUCUCACCUGGUCUUCAUGUGCAUUAUACCCCCUUAGCUGCGGGCCAGUCGUCGGAGGCUCUAUGCUCGGUGCUCCGUACUGUAUUCGGGGUAACCGAAGGUGAUCAAUAUGGGGUGGACUGCACAAACCCAGAGGAUAAUUUUAUCGCGCCCCCGCUCCGAGCUACCGAAUCCGGUGCUGCCGCCUCUCUCCAAUACCAUACACAGCUACCAUCCUUGAAGUCGCUAGUUACGUUUUUCCAGAACAAUGUCUGCGCUGGAGGUGCGGAAUGUAUUACUCGCGCUAAUUCCCUGCUUACGGCCGACGUGGUUGAUUUGGACUUUGAUGCCUCUUCUAACACAUUGACCAUGUCAGGGAUCUGGACCAGUGCUCCAGAGGGUGGCUGGGUGGAGGAGGUACAUAAGUCGGCUUCAAGCUCUGACAAGGUUGAGUUUGGAUUGUUGGGAACAGAGAAGGGAAUUUCCGCGGAUGAAAUCAAGGUCGGGGGACUAUUGGCAGUCGUAGGAGAGGACAAGAAAUUGAAACCUACAAUGUUCUCCUUCCCUUCGCGGCACCACGUUCUCCCCAGGUCCGCCAGCUACACUGUCUCAUUCGCAGAGCCUACCGGCCUCCACCCGACAAUGUCUAUAUCUAUCCCCCGCUCUUCAUUAGAACUGCCAUCUGCACCCGACGACACAACAUGCGCCCUGUACACCUACCUGACACUUCCGUCAUCUGUCUUCGGUGAUCAAUACCAGCUUGGGACGACCGACCCUCUUUUCCUCGAAUCUCAUAAUCUAGAAGGUCUACGUGCCCACUCGGGUGAAACAGACCUGGAGGCUCCAGAUUGGGUCGUCAAAGGCUGGGGCUCGAACUGGCUUUUCGAACUGGCCACACCCGUCGAUGAUCUCGACGGUGAUGUGCAAUCCAACUGGACCGCCACCAUUCCUCUUCAUCUACGAUACCUUCAUCCAUCCGAAACGGGAUACAGAUCUGCGCAUGUACCCUGGCCAGUGGUCUUCUGGGCUUGCGGCGCAGAUGACGCGACCGGUAUGGGGAUCAACCCAUUCGACCGCAGGCACCUGGGCUACGACAGCCUCUUUUCUCCCCAUACAUUCUUCUACCAGCUUCAUCCAAAGUCCGAUCGCCUCGUAGAGGUGCUAGACGUCCCCGUUCUUCACCUCAAAGACGGCGAAGGCCUUUUCCAGGCUCGGAACAUCGAGUUGACGACAUGUGCUGUCAUUUCACUCGGUUUCUUGUGGAUUCUCUGGCGACUUGUUCGAGUGGCUUGGUCAUCUGGUCUCGGAUCCAAUGGCAAACCCAAUGGGUCUGAUGAACACGAUAAGAAGGAAUAG